AGGUCGCGUGGGUUGUUGCGGGAAGCCUGAAGGUAUGAGCAGGAGAGCGUUUACCCGAGACGGGUUUGUAAUUACCUGACUUGCCGGUGACGUGUAGAAGUACAAGGGAGAGAAAAAAAGGGAAAAAAGAAGUACAAGGGAGAAAAAGAGAGAGGGAGAGAGUGGAUGGAUGGAGGCGGAGCGCAGGAGCGUCUCUUUCUCUCUCAGUUCCUCGGAAUCACAGUGACGGACAUCCCGCAUCCGAGCGCACUGAACUCAUUAACAUAAUGUAGUCAGUUCUUGAGCGAGUAGAUUUCAAGUUUUGACUCUCCAUCCACUUGAAAUGGGCAAUGCACAGUUGUUGGCUUGACUCUGUAAGCAGUAUGCCUUAAAGAAUGAGAGUCUUAGGGAGGAGGACUGUUGAAACGAUGAUGCGUGGAGAUGGACAUUGGAGGACCCGCAAGACUGCGUGACAAGCGGGUCAGUGCUGGUUUGAGUAAGUCAUAAAACGAGGAGAAACACACCCUGAAGCCAUGGGGAUACGACAUCUCCUACUUCUAUUGGUCUAUCUCGACCCACUCUGCGUCCUGAGCGCAUCCACAACCAAGAGGAGCAAACCACCUCCGAAAAGACCCCCAAAAGUGAAGGAGGUCAACAGCACAGUUGCUCCAACAGUGGCGCCCCGACGGAUCACCCAAGUCCAGGCACCCAUCAUCGGCGAUCACGACAUCUGUCUCGGCUACUAUGAUGUGAGUGGUCAGUUUGACAAAGAGUUUGCCUGCAACAACACUGACCACCGGUACUGCUGUGGGAGCUGCUUCCUGCGCUUCUGCUGUCCCGUGAAAGCCAAACGACUGGAUCAGAGGGUCUGUACCAACUACAACACACCCGACUGGAUCAAAACCCAACCGCCCUCACCGGCACCCACAGGGGACACGUAUGACCCUGCUCUGGACCAGACCAACACCACAGUCUACAUCACCUGCGGAGUCAUCGCCCUCAUCAUCAUCCUGGGGAUUUCGGCCAAAGUGGCCUAUGAUAAAGCCACCAGACCACCUCAAGAGAUGAACGUCCACAGAGCGCUGGCGGAUAUUUUGCGACAGCAGGGGCCUAUUCCCAUAUCACAGUACGAGCAUGAAAACAUCGGCGCUAUUGACACCUCGCCUAAAGAGAACACACCUGUGCGGACGUCCAAGAACCACUACACACCUGUGCACAACAAAAACAACCACGGUCAUUAUGGAAAAGAAAAUUUCCGCAGUGGUCAAGACAUGCACAACUUCAUCUCGUCAGGCUUCGUGACACUCGGCAGAGGACAUCUGAAAGCGCAGCACUCUGUGGAUGAUCUCGGGCAGCUGUCGUGGCAGGGCGAUCUGGACAUUCCUCUGUCUUACAGUAUGUACUGUGCUUCAUUUAUACACACAAAACUCAACACACACCUUUCUUACGCUUACCGAUGACCUUUGGGUUUCACCAAACCGCUGUUUGGAUGCUCUGGAAUGUGCUCAAGCACUGAAAAAGCUCUGAAAAGCACUGAAA